GUGGCUAUGUCUGUGUGUUUAUGUACAUUCUUGCGUAUUAAGGAACUGAAAAUUUUUGAAUAAUUUUUCUGGUAUCUUGUCGAAACCGAGCAGACCCAGUAAUACACAAAACUUAAUUUAGCACAAGCUCCUAGCGUAAAUAAAAAUGUUUACACGUGCGCAUUUGUGCCAUUUGUCUCAGUAGGUGGUGAGGCACAUUGGCCUCGUCUGUAUAUACCUGGCGUUGAUGCUUUCUGAACAUUAUAUCGUGAGCCGAUAUCCUAAUGCGUUGUGUCGUAUACGUAUUAUUCCAUUACACAUUCAUCCACCCCGAUAUAUAAGCACGCAUACGCAUUUCUUCUUGGCAAAACUAUGACGGACGCAUGUACACGUCUGAAUAUAGGUUUAUACGUAUUUUAGAGGAUAUAUUAGACGUUGUCUCGUGCAAUUAGAGUCGAAACGAGCAGAUGGCCCCAGCAUGUAUUCUAAAUGUAUUUUCCAAGUUCCAGUAAUCGUUCGUUUUUCCAUUUGGAAUGAAAAUCAUGGAGUCUUUUGAGUGUUCUCUAUAAAAAACUCUUUGUGCUCAACCAUUUACCCCUUCUAGGCUAUAAAAAUAUUACAUUUUUGAGAUGUACUACCAAGCACAUGAUCGCCUUAUAGACAAAGUUAAUGCAGUGCAAAACUAAUCAACAUAUUGUUCCGACUUUUUUGUGUGCGAUGGGGAAUUUUUUAACGGCAAUCUGCUAAUAGGAACCACAAAUUAACGCAUAGGCCAAAGCCAAUAGCCAGCUUUUAUACAUACAGGUGUAGAGGUGUUCAUAAGCACUAAAAAAAAUAAAUAAUCGUUUUGUUUAGAUUUUUAAUUCGCAUUAUACAACCCUAAAAUUGGGUUGAAUUUUCAAAUAAAACAGUCGAAACAGCAUCUAUAGCCAAGACAAUUUGUAAACACGAACACAUCGAUUUGUAAUUGACUUUAAAAGCUUUAAUGCAAUAGUAUGGACUCGAAUAUAUACUGCGCAAUGAAAGUAAACAACUGAUCGUAUAACUCGGGAAUGGAUCUGUGUUUCCGCGUAGUUUUCCUGGCCGUUACCCAAUCGAUAUUAAUUUAAUUUUCGAAAAAACCAAUCCAAUCUGCAGUCUCGCCUUGCAAAGUGAAUAGCUAAAGGAGCGCCAGAACAAUGCAGAACUCCCCGGCUCCGUGUGCCUGGUACUUGCCCUGGUCUCUGGCCGCCCAGCAGCACCAGCAGAAGAUGAUGCAGAUGCAGUCGCCGUUUCUGGACAAGAUGGGGGCCCCCUCGGUGGGCGGGAUCUUCGCUGCCCAGCCGCAGAUGCAGCAGCAACUGUCGCCCAACACGGCGGCAGCUCCUCCGGCCAACUACCAGCAGCCCGCUCUGCACCCGAGUGCCGCUCCUGGAGCUCACUUCCACAUGGGAUCGCCGUACAAUCACUUGGCUCCCCAGCUCCUGAAUGCCGGACAACUGAACCAGAAUGCACUGGCCAAUCAAUCCCACUUGAUGCACUCCGCCAUGUUCUCUUCCCUGCCACUCGGAGCCUACUAUGCCCAGCAGUCCCUAAUGGCGGCCACCGGAGGAGCACCUGGUGGCCACCUGGCCGCCCAGCAGACACCUGCCCAGCUGCCGGUCCAGAUGCCCGUGCAGAUGGCCCCGCGGCCCAAUCCUUCCGCCUGCUCCAUGGUCCAGCCACUCAACUGCCUGCCCCACCAGGAACUGAAUCACCUGUCGUCCAUCAAUCUCAACCUGCUGCGGAGCCCAGCGUCCUCGCUCCCAGCCAUCCAGGUCUUGCCAAGUGCCGAGGUGCCGAUUAAUAAAAAGACAACCUCUCCAAGGGACACCGAAAGUCUUAAAAUUAAGAUACCAGAAAAGCGGAAAACAGACGAUAAUGAUCAAAUAAAAGAAUUGAAAAAAGCCAAGCUGGAGACAAAAGCGUUGAAGGCUAAGAGACCGGGAUUUACGGAUGAAAGAUAUCAAGAAACUUCCUACUACAUGGAAAACGGUCUUCGCAAGGUAUACCCAUACUACUUUACAUUCACAACCUUCACGAAAGGCCGCUGGGUGGGCGAAAAGAUUUUGGAUAUAUUCUCUCGGGAGUUCCGAGCACAUCCUGCCGAGGAAUACGAGCGAUGCAUUCAAACGGGCACUCUGACUGUCAACUUCGAGAAGGUACCCAUUGACUACCGGUUGAAACAUAACGAUCUGCUCGCCAAUAUUGUUCACAGACACGAAGUUCCAGUGACUUGUCAACCAAUUAAAAUUGUGCAUAUGGAUGAGGACAUUGUAGUUGUAAAUAAGCCAGCAUCGAUACCUGUACACCCAUGUGGACGGUAUAGGCACAACACUGUAGUCUUCAUACUUGCUAAGGAGUUUAACCUCAAGAACCUUCGCACAAUUCACCGACUUGAUCGAUUGACUUCCGGGCUUUUGUUAUUUGGACGUAGUCCAAAGAAGGCGCGCCAAAUGGAGCAGCAGAUUCGAAACAGACAGGUUGAAAAGGAAUAUAUAUGCAGGGUUGAGGGCGUAUUUCCAGAGGGUAUAGUGGAGUGUAAGGAACCCAUUGAAGUGGUUAGCUACAAGAUUGGCGUGUGCAAAGUAUCUCCAAAGGGUAAAGAUUGUACGACGACGUUCCAAAAGCUGUCCCAAAAUGGCACAACUAGUGUGGUACUUUGCAAACCACUUACUGGAAGAAUGCAUCAGAUAAGGGUGCAUUUGCAAUACCUAGGUUAUCCCAUUCUCAAUGAUCCACUCUACAAUCACGAAGUCUUCGGUCCGCUAAAGGGACGAUCCGGUGAUAUUGGUGGAAAGACAGACGAUGAGCUUAUACGUGAUCUCAUAAAUAUACACAAUGCUGAGAACUGGCUGGGAAUUGAUUGUGAUUCGGACAUAUCUAUGUUUAAGACCACCAAGGACGAGGCAGAUCGGGAAAGUCUCAGCAGUGAGCACACUUCCGUCGUUCAUCACAGCGACGAUGAUGGGGGCGUAAAUUCACGGGAAACAACACCUCCAUGCACUGAAGCCCAGCAACCAGAAAGUAGCGGUAAAAAUAUAGAACGUACAAGUAUAGCCAAGGAGUAUCCAGUUACUGUACAGAAGUCUUCCACGGAAAUUUCCCCAGCUCUGCUGGAUACAAUGGAGGUUCCAUUGGGUGGAGGUGGAUGUAACGUGAACAAGGUUUCAGUAGAUGAGCACUGCUACGAGUGCAAAGUGCACUAUCGUGAUCCAAAAUCAAAGGACCUUAUAAUGUAUCUGCACGCUUGGAAGUACAAGGGCCCUGGAUGGGAGUAUGAAACGGAGUUACCCAAUUGGGCCCGCAACGAUUGGGACCACUUAGACUCUGUAUGAGUACACAAUACUACGUAUAUUAGAAACCAAACAGACCAAAAUCAACAAAGUUACAUAUAUCAUAAAUAAAACAUGUGCCUUUAAGAUUGGAUAGCAUGCGUACGCUUCUGUUAAUGCGUUAUACAAUAAUAUUUAUGUACACAAAGGCGUAGACAAUGCGUUUUAAUCGAUUGUAAAAUUACAUACGCAUUCUAGAAUCCUAUAAAAUUCACAAUCAAACACAAAUAGGCUAAUGCUUGAGCUGAAAAGACGUGCAAAUAAAUUCGAAGCUUUUAUUACAAAUUAAUAGGUAUAUUUAUAUGUAUACAAGACAUGCACUUAUCUGAAUUAAUGAUAUGUGAAAGGCAAUAUAUAUAUUAUAAUCGGAAUAGAAAACUUUAUAGAAAUUAGUUUGUAUGAGUGUAAAGCAAGAUCAUAUACUGAAAAGUGAAUAUA